AACCUCUUUAAGAUAUAACUAACCAAAGGCAGCUUUCCAGUCGUAUCUUCAUCGUGAGACAAUAUAUAAGUCGCAAGACCCGCUUCGAAACAUCGGUUUCGUCCAUUGACAAACAGUAUCAACACAUAUCAUCCUAUCAAAUACGAAAACUUAUCAUCAACGAACAAUGUCAGAGCUCGAACAGAAGAUACAGGCCGCAUCAGAACGCAAUUCCCAACUUCUCUCCGGUCUCGCUGAAAAUGACUUCGCACCGCAAAAGCUUUACCAGCAAAUCAACUACAUCGCUGAUCUGGACACGCAGAUUGUGAAGUCCGAGAAGGAGGUGCACGUCCUGAAAAUGCGAACCUCAGCCGACCUCGAACAGCACAAGAAGUACUCCGAGUCCACAUUUCGACGUUUCGCGCACAUAGCAUCCGGAAGAAAGGGUCGAUUCGAGGAAAAAGCCGCCAAGGAAGAGAAGGACUACUACGAUGCGAUGAUGGCACAGAAGACAGCGGAAGACGGGCUUGCGUAUGCACGUCAAUUGCGAGCCGAGGCGGAGAUCGAGAGGAACAAAGUGGAGACUCAAGCCCAACGACAUGAUACCCUCCAGCACGAACUCGACGAACUGUACAACUCCAUCUUCGCGGGUUUCACGCCAGGUAUGCCCGAGGAAGACGCCAAAGAAUCCGCCGUAGCUGCCGCUCAACAGACGUGCGCUCGUUUCUCAGAAGCACUCGAGAGGGAACGUCAAGUCGUCCGCAUAUUGAACGAAUGCAAGUUGAAGCUUCAGAUCAUCACCAACGAACUGAGCGACGCACGUAAUAGUUCUAGGGGAGAUCUCUUUGGCGGUGAUACGCUGUUCUCCAUGAUGAAGCUCAAUGCCCUGCAGCGAGCCAAUAACUUGGUGUCGCAACUCGUUAUGCUCCAGGACCAGCUGAGGAAUGUCAAGCCUGACAUUGGAAACCUGGGGCCAAUAAAUAUUGACACCGGUUCAAUCUGGUCGGACGUCGUUUUCGACAACAUCUUCACAGACAUGGAGAUGCACGCUCAGAUUAAGCAAAACCAAGAACAGGUCGCCAAAUCCACCACAAUUCAUAACAGACUGAUGGACGAAGCUGCCGUGAGAGUGAACGAGCGGAAUGAAGAACUACAGCGAGCUAGCAGGGAGUUGCAGACGGCAAGACAAGAAUUGCAAAUAGCAAGACAAGAAGUGUUCAUCAAGGUGGCUAGGGGAGAACAUGUACAGGCUCAGGAUCCCAGAAUUACCGGUGUCAACAGUGACUCGUCUACCUUGUCUCCUGGUGCUCCGUUGCCGCUCCCAGUUCCUGAUGACUUUAAUGAAGCGCCACCAGCUUAUUCGGCAUAAGAAUGUAGAGGAGGAACAUUCCCAUAACUGCGGCUGUUAUACAACCACUGCCGUUGGGCUCAAUCUCAAUUAUGUAUGUGCAAAUUUAGGUCAGGGGGUCACUUGUUUCGUGUCGCUAGGGAUCUAGCACGCUUUUUAUCACGCUUUAUAUCCAUUUCGUUCACGCAUUCCUCUGCGUGUUGAGUAUUUUUUCAUUCAAUCAAACUAUUACGAUUCUUCAAUACCCGUUUCAUUCACACAUUGC